GGCCACAGCUCAUGGAUUUCCUCACGGAGUAUCCCUACAAUGACACUUAUUAUGACAAUGGGACCGGGGCCCUCAACUGCACAGGCUGUGAGGCCAAGCAUCAGUAUAACUACUAUGCCAUGCUCCUGACUCUCCUCAUCUUUGUCAUUGUCUUCGGCAAUGUGUUGGUGUGUAUGGCAGUCUCCCGAGAGAAAGCGCUGCAGACCACCACUAAUUACCUCAUUGUCAGCUUGGCGGUGGCAGAUCUUCUCGUGGCCACAUUAGUUAUGCCCUGGGUGGUGUAUCUUGAGGUGGUCGGGGAGUGGCGCUUUAGUAAAAUCCAUUGUGAUAUAUUUGUUACCCUGGACGUCAUGAUGUGCACGGCCAGCAUUCUUAAUCUGUGUGCCAUUAGUAUUGACAGGUACACGGCUGUUGCCAUGCCGAUGCUGUACAACACACGCUACAGCUCCAAGAGACGGGUCACUGUAAUGAUCUCGGUUGUUUGGGUGCUUUCAUUCGCCAUUUCCUGCCCCCUGCUGUUUGGAUUAAAUAACACAGCUACACGGGAUGGCUCUGUGUGUGAAAUUGCCAACCCCGCUUUUGUUGUCUACUCCUCCAUCAUGUCGUUCUACGUGCCCUUCAUUAUCACCCUCCUCGUCUACGUGCAGAUUUACGUGGUUCUUCGCAAGCGGCGGAAACGGGUCAACACUAAACGGAGCUGCCAGAAGACAGACGCUGAUGCUCAACCCCCUCUCAAGGAAAAGUGCACUCAUCCUGAAGAUGUGAAACUGUGCACCGUUAUCAUUAAGACCAACGGGGGUGUACCUGCCAAAAAUAAGAAAGCACAACUAAUAAAAGAGGUCCUGCACCAGGGUGGUGAUGUGGGGAUGGAAAUGGUGGCAGGCACCAGUCCGCCCGAAAAGAAAAAACUGGCAUCCUCGCUAGUCGUCGACUUGUUGGCCACCCCUCCAAGUCCCAAUCAUGGCUCACCAUCCCACGCCGAAUAUCAGUCCAACGGAGAUGAGAAAAAUGGCCAUGCCAAGGACGUCCAGUCCCCAAAAGAAACCAAACCUGUUGAAACUCAGGCACUGCCUAAUGGCAAAACCCGAACUACAGUGACCAAAACCAUGAGCAAGAGGAAAAUGUCCCAGCAUAAAGAAAAGAAGGCCACUCAGAUGCUGGCUAUCGUUUUAGGUGUUUUCAUUAUUUGCUGGCUGCCCUUUUUUAUUACUCACAUUUUAAAAACUCACUGCACGAGCUGCGUGGUGCCGCUGGAAAUGUACAAUGCCUUCACUUGGCUGGGAUAUGUGAACAGCGCCGUCAACCCCAUCAUAUAUACCACUUUCAAUGUGGAGUUCAGAAAGGCUUUCAUAAAGAUAUUGCACUGCUGAGGAU